AUGCGACAACUCAUGAGGUCGAAGAUUCACCGGGCAACGGUGACCAAUUGUGACGAGGAUUAUGUUGGCAGCAUUGUUAUCGACCAGAAUUUGAUGGAUAAGUCCGAUAUCUGGGAGUACGAAAAGGUACUGGUGUGCGAUAUCAACAACGGCUCCCGGUUUGAGACCUACGCCAUUCCCGGCGAACGGGGCAGCGGAAUUAUUUCCGUUCAGGGCGCCGCCGCCAAGCUGACCAACCCCGGUCACAAAGUCAUCAUCAUGGCGUUCGAAGUAACUGAGGAACCGGUGAAGCCCAAGGCCGUAAUGGUAACUGAAACCAACGAAUUCGCUUACUACUUGACGGAGAUUGAAAAUGCCAUCGCCGUAUAG